AUUCAAUUGUUGAAACAAAACGGGUGCCACAUCUUGACGAAAUAACAAAACUUGGAACUAUUAUUGAAAAAAAUGAAUCAUACGAAGUUAGAAUGGAAGCAAAAGGCAAUCGUGAAACAGUUGAAAAAUGUGCCAGUCUGUUAGAACAAUUUAACAGUUUCAAUAUGCACGAGGACGUUCCAUCGGACUCAGAAAAAUGGAAAAGAAAACAAGAUAUUAGAAAAUUGGAACCAAAAACACCGUUAAAGAAUUUAAAUGAGCUUGAACUCGGUGAGUAG